AUGGCUAAGGAUCUUGCCAAUCUUCCGGCAGAUGUUUUAUCCGAGCUCUUCGCCCAGGCUUCAUGCACGGAUCCUCCGCGACGUCUGGACAGACAAGAACAACGUAGAUUGCGUGGCAAGAAGUACUCGCUUGGAUGGAUCCUCAUGACCCAUGUUUGUCGCCGAUGGCGUGUGAUUGGGCUUGAUCUAGCUCCCCUAUGGGCUGCGAUCAUCUCGUUCUUCCCGUCCCCGUCGGUCGCCGACGAGCUCCUUGCUCGCUCGCGUGACUGUGGGCUGACACUGGAACUUCGAGGUCAGCUCGAGCCUUGGAUCAUCCAGCAUAUUCAUCGCGCAUCGAAGUUGGAAGUCGGGUCCCUGAUUUCGUCCGACAGUCGAGACGUUCUCACAAGCACCAGCCUCCCUGCACUUCAUUGCUUGACAAUGAGACGAUCCUUCGAUGAUAUACAGACCUCAUCCAGGAUUGAUGCACCCAACCUACGAAAAGUCUCUCUCCACGAGACCGUUAUGCUGUUCGCCUCCAUCAUGCACCAGUUGACGACACUCGAAAUCAUCCACGUCUACUACACGCCGCAGGAUAUGAUCGACACGUUAACCCACCUUCCUUCUUUGGAGCACCUGAAGCUUUAUGGCGGGCUAUGGACGGGUAGCUUCCCGCAAACUACCGUACACCUACCGCAUUUGGCACGCUGCAACGUACAUGCGUCGAGCGCACAGUUCUUCACGGACCUCUGGGAACACGUCUCCGCACCUCCCACUGUGACGAUCCGGCUCGUCACAAACGACGUCCCCAACGUUUCCCACUUAUUCAAAGUGCUGCGACCGCAGCUCGCCUACGCCUCGCACGAUUGCCUGAUCGUAUACUCUUCAGGGUUUUCUUUGACCUGUGGAGAGCCAGACGCUGAGGGCCAUCAUAUUGCGGGCGUCGACUGGCUAUUUGCUUCUGGGAUAGAUCUCGGGCGUGCCUUCAUCGACAUGAUCGAGCAGAUACGCCUGCACAUCGCUGUUGCAAGCAUACGGCACUGCGAGCUCGAGCUGUCCUCCGAGCUCAAAUAUCUGCAGUUCGAUGACGCAGAUCCUGUCAUCAAGCGGCUCGGUGACGCGAUAGGAGCUUUAAGCGGUGUCCUAUCAAGUACCACGGCGCUCGCACUACAGGGCUUUGAGCCUGAUCGCACACUCUUGCGCGCUUUGUCUCCCCGCGGGACCUCCAUCCCGUUCCCCAAUCUACGGACACUGUAUCUUGGCAAGAACCAGUCUUCGUGGGUGGGCAGACAUCGGGUAGGACCAGAGCCCGCCGUCACAACAGAUUGGUCACUUGUUGAGGUGACCUUGAAGGCGCGCAAGAUAGCAGGGGUGCCUUUACAUCAUCUCGUCCUAGCCGGUGAAUGGUGUAUCCGAGAGACGCAGACACAGGCGUGGACAGAACAAUGGGCGCAGCACAGCAUACAAUGCCGGGACUUGGACCUCGUGAAGGAGGUGAAGGAUGAGCGAACACUCGUUACGAAGUGCGAAACGUGUGACAUUCCGGAGCUCGAGCCGCCUGAGCUUGAGUCGGAGGGGUCUGACGAGGACUGA